UGCAGUCAAUCAGACCAUGGCUACACAACAGACCCUUCUGAUUAUUGGAAUAUUUCUUUUGGUAGGAUUUGAUGGAUGUUUCUCUGUUAUUCCUGAGGAGGAGCAGAACCCAGACUUUUGGUAUGUAAAGGGUAAAGAGGCUCUUCAUACAUCCCUCUCCAUGAAGCCCAACCUGCACCGUGCUAAAAAUCUCAUUCUCUUCCUCGGAGAUGGCAUGGGAAUCAGCACUGUGACCGCAGCCAGAAUUAUGAAGGGACAGAUGGAAGGGAAGACUGGAGAGGAGAGCGUCUUAGCCAUGGAUACAUUCCCUUAUCUUGCUCUCUCCAAGACUUACAACGUCGAUCAGCAGAUGCCUGACAGCGCAGCAACAGCCACUGCAUAUCUCUGCGGUGUGAAGUCAAACUAUGGGACUCUGGGUCUCAGUGCAGCUGCACGCCGCAAAGACUGCAGCUCCGCUAAAGGCAAUGAGGUCAAAUCAAUCCUGCAUCAGGCAAAGAUGGCAGGGAAGUCUGUUGGCAUAGUGAGCACGACACGUGUCCAGCAUGCAUCACCUGCCGCCAGUUACUCCCACACCCCUGAAAGAGGCUGGUACAGUGAUAAAGAGCUGACCUCUGAAGCUAUCGCAGGUGGAUGCAAGGACAUCGCAUACCAACUCGUUCAUAAUACUGAUAUUAAUGUAAUUUUAGGUGGCGGAAGGCAGUACAUGUUUCCCAAGGAAACGGCUGAUCCUGAAUACCCUACAGUUACAGGGAGCCGAAAGGACAAAACAAACCUAGUUGAUGUUUGGUUAAAAAAAAGAAAUAGUGCCAAAUAUGUGUGGAAUAAAAAAGAUUUUGAUGACGUCAAAGAGGACAAUACUGAUUACUUGAUGGGGCUUUUUGAGCCAAAGGACACCAGGUACGAGCUGGAACGCGAUCCUUCAAUGGACCCAUCGUUGACUGAUAUGGUGGAAAAAGCCAUCAAGAUUCUUCGCAGAAACCCGAAAGGAUUCUACCUCUUUGUGGAAGGUGGGAGAAUAGAUCACGGCCAUCAUGCAGGGCAGGCCAAGUACGCUUUGACGGAGGCUGUGGAGUUUGACAGGGCCAUUGCGCGGGCGGCUGAGCUGACAAGUGAACUCGACACCUUGUCCGUGGUCACUGCUGACCAUUCCCAUGUGUUUUCCUUCGGUGGCUACUCUUACAGGGGCAAUCCUGUGCUAGGCGUUUCUUAUGCAAAAGCUGAGGAUGGCAAGAGAUUUACUAAUGCACUUUACGGGAACGGUCCAGGAUACCAGAUUGUGAGUGGAACUCGUCCUGACAUGAAUGAAACAAUCUCAAGCAGUGAUGAAUAUCUUCAGCAGGCUGCUGUGCCUCUAGAUUCAGAAACUCAUGGCUCUGAGGAUGUUGCUAUUUUCGCCAAAGGCCCGAUGGCGCACCUCUUCCACGGCGUCCAAGAGCAGAGCUACAUUCCUCAUGCUAUGGCGUACGCUGCCUGUCUUGAGCCUUACACCGACUGCCAUGUAGAUCAUCUACAAAACUAUGGCGUCUGCACUAAGUUCAGCCUCGUGGUUCUGAUGCUGAGCUUGCUCUCCUCACUCGCCACACUAAUGCAAUGUGACUAAAGCUUUUUAUGUAUAUUUAAAUCACAAUACAUUUGCAGGUUUUUCGCAUUCAACUGCAACAUUUAGACAACUGAGGGGCAAGUUGCAUAAGUUCUGCACUGGAUCUGUGUUUGCAAUGAAUGUUGGAUGAGAUAUAAUCUAGAUCCUCUGUGAGGACAUGGAUAAGUGUUGGACAAAUGCUGAUUAAUGUAUCCC